UGAUCUAAAAAAAAUACCGGAGUACCCGAAGCCACCUCUUAGAUUGUGGGCUUUGCUAUGUUGUGGGCUUUGCUAUGGUGAUGUCAGAGCAUGGGGGGAGGGGUGAACAAUGACCCAUGAGCGAAAGGUAAGGCAAUAUUACGUAGGCCUGUUCUCGCUGACAAAGGCAAAUGAAGCCAUGUUUUUUUGCUUAUGGAUUUUGGAGUAGGCUAUUCUAGAUUUAAAGUUGGAGUAAUGCCGCUUUUGUAAACUGAAGACUGGUGGAAGAGCACUGAGCUCCGGAUUAUGUUUGAUGUCUCUAACGGUCAAUGAAAGAGUUGCGGGGAUAUUGUGGAGGUAGUAUUCAACGCUGAGAAGAAGUUGUUGAAAUAGGAUUCAGGAGGCCCGCCUUACCUACUUGAAAACAACGAAGCAACCAGAGCCAUUCAAUAAUGAACAUGAGUUCAGAGGGCAGCUGCUGAACCAGAGGUGGACGCGAGGAGACAGAAUAAGCAGAUUCUGUGAGACCAAGAGGAGCCUUCGAAUCAAAAUGAGUCAGGACACAGCAGAAACGAGAACCCGGACCCGCUCAAAAGGCAUCAGAGUACCCGUUGAACUCGUGGGAGCAGAGUUAAGUAGCUGCCCCACUCCCGGGUGCGAUGGUUCAGGCCAUGUCAUUGGGAGAUAUUCACGACACAGAAGCAUUCUUGGAUGCCCAAUAGUGAAGAAGAGGAAACUUGUGGAGGCAGAAGAGAAUCAACCCGCCCCCAAGAAAAAGACCCUGCCCCUGAAGUUGGCCAUGGACGAGGGCUUCAACAUAGCAGACAGUGACGCCGCCAGUGAGGCAGAGCAUAAGGAGGGGGAGGAGUCAGAGGAGGAGGAGCAGAAAGAGAAGGAAAAUAGCAAAAUGCCAAACCCAGCCAUGUCCAUGAAAGCCGAUUGCUCACAGGUGAUACCCGAAGACACCGAAAAAGAGACAUCUGUCGAGUCCGACACCAUAGCUGCACCUGAAGCAGGGACUUCGCACAAGGACACAGCCACCACAACCCAACAGCAAGCUUCCACAGAGGAAGAAGCAGAGGCAGAGGCAGACAGACACAAAGAGGAGAUGCAAGUAGUGGCAGAGAUACAGGCCGCUGAGGAGGAGGAGGAGGAAGAUGAGGAUACAGUUGAUGCACACAGAACAAUAGAGCAUCCCAAAGGCGACAAUGAAACAGGGAGAGCAGAGAGUGAGGAGAAGCAAAAGGAGGAGGUAGGAGAGGAGGAGGAGGAGGAGGGAGGAGGGGAGGAAGAGAAAGAGGAGGAGAGGCAAUUUGUGAGUCAGGAGAUCUCAGAUCACCAGUAUUCCAGUGGCGACUAUAGCAGGCAUCCGGCAAAAGAGGAGGGAGAUGAGGAAGAAGAGAAGAAGGGAGAGGAAAAGGAGGAGGAGGAGGAAGAGAAGGAGGAGGUGGAAGAGGAGGAAGAGGAGGUAGAGGAAGAAAAGGAGGAAGAGGAGGAUGAGGUGGUCUACAUGGAGCCUGCCAUCCCUCUUGCCCCUAGUACUCCUGCUCAGGAAUGUGAGGAUACAGAAGUGGCAGCGGGGGAGGUAAAGAUUGGUUCCCCGUUGACUGAAGAGGAGGAAGAGGAGGAGGAAGAAGAGGAGGAGGAAGAAGAGGAGGAAACAGAAGCAGGGGAGGUGGAAGAAGAGGACCACGACUCUCACAAAGCCCCACCUACCACAGUGGUCAUUGAGAUACGAUCUGAGGAAGAGGAGGAGGAAGAGGAGGAAGAAGAUGACUGUCUCUCACAGGGUUCGGGUGUGACAGAUGACUCAGAGACCUGGGAUAUGACCCGGGGGAAUUUGGGACUGCUGGAGCAAGCCAUCGCCCUGAAGGCCGAGCAGGUGAGAGGGCCGCAUGUCGACCAACAGUCUCCAGAGCACCAGCACUACCACAGCCCCGAUGACAGGGCCAGCAAAGCCAUGGACCAAGCCAUGCGACACAGAGGACACCACAGCAAAGAAAAGAAGGAGGUGAAAUGCCCUACCCCUGGGUGUGAUGGGACGGGCCAUGUGACUGGGCUGUACCCCCACCACCGCAGUCUCUCUGGGUGCCCUCACAAAGAUAGGAUCCCACCUGAGAUACUGGCCAUGCAUGAGAACGUGCUGAAGUGUCCAACUCCAGGAUGCAUAGGCCAGGGUCACGUAAACAGCAAUCGCAACACACACCGCAGUCUUUCCGGUUGUCCCAUAGCAGCUGCAGAGAAACUCUCCAAGGGGGGCCAUGUCACCCCCAGUCACCCCCAGCCUUCAGUCAGCGAGCCCCCAACUGGGAGCCCCCAUUCAGACAGAGUUCUCAGACCUAUGUGUUUUGUGAAGCAGCUGGAGAUCCCUCAGUACGGCUACAGACCCAACAUGGUGCCUGCCACACCCCGUGCCAACCUGGCCAAAGAGCUGGAGAAAUAUUCCAAGGUCUCCUUCGACUAUGCAAGCUUCGACGUCCAGGUGUUUGGGAAGCCUUUGCUGGUUCCAAAGAUACCCGCCACCAGUCAAACCUCACCCAAAGCCUUCAAAUCUAAACCAUUCCCUAAGGCCACGUCCCCGGGCCAUAGCUUCUCGGGAGGAUAUGCAAAGAGCAGCUCCUCCUCGUCCUCCAGUGGCUACGAUUACACCCAUGAUGCCGAGGCUGCUCACAUGGCUGCCACUGCCAUUCUGAACCUGUCCACACGCUGCUGGGAGAGUCCAGAGAACCUUCGCACCAAACAGCAGGACCCAGCUGGCAAGGACAUAGAUAUUGAAGUGGAUGAGAAUGGGACGCUGGACCUGAGCAUGAAGAAGCCCAUCAAGAUGGAAGGGAUGCAAUCACCAGACCCCUGCUCUUCCUCCUCCUCGCAGCACCCGGGAGACGUUCCCUCGCCCCAGGGCCACCUACAGGAGGAAUUGGAGGGGCCUCUGGACUUCACUAAGCCAAACUGUCCCAAAGAGAAGGAGGAACAGGAUGAGAUGGACUAUGUGGCCCACUCCUACACCUCCUCUGACGCAGAAGAUGAUGACAUCACCCAGGAGAGCAUGGAGGACAAGAAGUACCCAGGCGAGGUCACCACGUCCAGCUUCAAGGUCCAGUUCUCACCCAAAGACUGCAAAAAAGAGGUUCUACUAUGUCCCACCCCAGGUUGUGAUGGCAGUGGGCACAUCACUGGUAACUACGCUUCACAUCGGAGUCUGUCAGGCUGUCCUCUUGCUGAUAAGUCUCUUCGGACCCUCAUGGCUGCCCACUCUGCUGAACUGAAGUGUCCGACCCCUGAAUGCGAUGGAUCAGGUCACAUCACUGGAAACUACGCCUCCCAUAGAAGUUUGUCUGGAUGCCCCCGUGCUAAGAAAGGUGCCGUCAAGACAACACCCACCAAGGAUGACAAGGAAGACCCUGAGCUUUUAAGUAGAUGCCCGGUGCCCGGCUGUGACAGCCUGGGCCACAUCAGUGGGAAGUAUGCCACCCACCGUAGUGCCUAUGGGUGCCCGCUGGCAGCACGGCGUCAGAAGGAGGGGCUCCUCAACGGUUCUCCUUUCUCCUGGAAGGCCUUCAAGACGGAGGGCCCCAUCUGUCCCACCCCCGGCUGUGAUGGAUCAGGACACGCCAACGGCAGCUUCCUCACACACCGCAGUCUCUCUGGUUGUCCCAGAGCCUCCGCCAAUAAGAAGAGAACCAGGUUCCCUGGAGACGAGUACAUUACAGCAAAUUUCAAGGCCAGCGAUGUUCUGGAUAAUGAUGAAGAUAUCAAGCAGCUGAACAAAGAGAUCGGGGAACUGAGUGAGUCCAACUCAGAGAUGGAGGAUGAUAUGAUGAACCUGCACACACAGAUCUCAUCCAUGGAGAAGAACCUGAAGAGUAUGGAGGAGGAAAACAAGCAGAUUGAGGAGAGGAACGAUGCCCUGUACAUUGAGCUGUCUGGCCUGAGCCAAGCUCUGAUCCGCAGCCUGUCCAACAUCCGGCUGCCACACAUGGAACCUAUGUCGGACCAGAACUUCGAUAAUUACGUGGACACCUUGACCCAUAUGUUCUCCAAUAAAGAUUGCUACCAAAACCCGGAGAACCGCGCUCUGUUGGAGUCCAUCAACCAAGCAGUAAAAGGCAUCGAAGUGUAGUCUCUAAAAGUGUGUUGAGACAUAAUGGAACAUACGAAAGGGAGGUAGAAGAGGGUAGAGGAGGCAAGGUGACAUGGUGUCUGGGUAUACAAAACCCAACAACCAUAAAUAAUCAUCCCUUGCUUUUGGAAUAUAUACUUGUUUUUUCUCUUAUUUGUUUUUGAGAAAAUAUGUUGUCCAUUUCAUGUUGCUCCCCUCCCUGUUUGCAUGAAGGUUAACAGGAUCAAUGGACACACAAGUGUUUUUUGUGCGCAUUGAAGUAAACUGUGUUGGUGUGGGUGUUUGGGAAACUUACGAGGGGUAUAAUAAAAAAAGACAUCCACUUUAAUUGUACAGAACAGACUAAGAAUGCAGUAUACUGGCUCUAAUACACCAUCAUAACAUACGCUCCAAAAUAGUGUACUUGUGUUCCAACCCUAUUGAGUAAUGUUGAUAGUAUUUAUGGGCAUAGAUAUUGCACUUCCAGGAAUAGUUUGUGGUUUCAUUAUUAUUGUUGUGUAUGAAUUUGAGUCUGUUUAAUAUAUUAUUUAUUCAUGUUGUGUUAAUUUUGCUUAUUUAUUCAGCAUUUAUUUAUUGACUUAUUUAUUUUUACAAAAAAAAAAGACACUGAAGACAUUUUUAAACAGCAACUGAGAGGACUUGUUUAUCCUCUGCAUUGUUGAAAAAGAGGAAAUAUUUUAAAAUAUCAACUAUAAAUUGUUUUAUAUAUCUUAUUUAUUUGAAAUACUGGGAUCUUUUUUAAGUGCAAAUAUUUUGUAACCGACAAGUUUUGAUAAUUUUUUAAAGAGUUAGAUUUUUGUUUAUAUCAUUUCUUUUAUUUCCAUAAAGUAUUUUGAGACACCUUUGCAAUGAACUAGGAAAAAUAUGAUGAACGUAUUUAAUAUUUAUUUGAUAAUGAAGAACAAAGUGAAUGGAGAUGUUGAUGUAUAUUUAUUUUGUAUUGUCUAUGUCACGUGUUAGUGAUGAUGGCUGUGUAUGGAUUAGUCUUUGCCCAUAUGUUGAUUUUGAAAUAAAGGAAAACCUGUGCUAACAUAA